UUUGAAUGUGUGUAACACGUAUUUUAGUGGUUGUCAAAAAUUUUCGGUUGUUUUUAUAAUUUUUGUGUUCGAUUAUUGCAACAAUGGCGUUAAAUUAUGGUGCACUUAAUCGAAAUAUUUACAAUAAUCAAGCUUUUAAUCCUAUGGCAUCCGCAGGAGCAAAACGUAAAGAUGAACGUCAACCAUUAUUGGAUAAUCAACAAUGUGAACCACUUGAUCCACGUCCGGAUAUACGAACAUCACCGGAAAAUAUUAUUGUGGAUGUUAAUUAUCAAGUAGCGAAUGCUCUAUCUGGUAAAGAACUCUUUGAAGAUUAUAAUCCAGCAGAGAAUCGUAAAUUAGAGCAUCCAACAUCAAAUUUAGAUACCAUGAUACAUUUAUUAAAGGGUAACAUUGGCACUGGUAUAUUAGCAAUGCCGGACGCAUUCCGUAAUGCUGGUCUUGUUUUGGGUUUAUUUGGUACAAUGGCAAUGGGUAUUAUAUGCACACAUUGUAUGCAUAUGCUAGUACGUUGUUCACAUGAGUUAUGUCGACGAUGCCGAGUACCGUCACUUGGAUUCUCUGAAGUAUGUGCUGCAUCUUUCGAAACAGGACCAUCGGCUUUACAAAAGUAUUCUGUACAUGUUAAAAAAUUAAUAGAUAUAUUUCUAUGCAUAACACAACUUGGAUUCUGUUGUGUCUACUUCGUAUUCGUUGCAGCCAACUUACAAGAAGUAAUCGCGCACUAUUUCAUAAAAUUAAAUAUUCACGUAUAUUUGGCAGCAUUAUUAAUUCCAAUGAUUUUACUAAAUUUAGUGAAAAAUUUAAAAUAUUUAACACCAAUAUCAUUAUUUGCUGCAUUGUUAACUAGUUGUGGAAUUGUUAUCACAUUUUGGUAUAUGUUACAAGAUUUACCAUCCACAAAACAUGUACCAAAAAUUGCGCCAUGGCAUCAAUUACCAUUGUACUUUGGAACAGCUAUAUAUGCAUUUGAGGGUAUUGGAGUUGUAUUACCCUUAGAAAAUAAUAUGGCCAAUCCUGAAGCAUUCGGCGGUUGGAAUGGUGUAUUAAAUACAGGUAUGAUGAUCGUAACAUGUUUAUAUACAGCUGUCGGAUUCUUCGGUUACUUAAAAUACGGCGAUAAAGUGAAAAUUGGUAGUUUAACGUUAAUUUUACCACAAAAAGAUGCUUUAGCGCAGUCGGUUCGUGUUAUGAUGGCUUUAGCAAUAUUUUUAUCAUAUGGUUUACAAUUUUAUGUACCAAUGAGUGUAGUAUGGCCAAAUAUUAAACAACGUUUUACCACAGAACGAUCCCAAUAUCUUGGUGAAUAUGCGACAAGAAUAUCGUUAGUAUUUGUAACAUUUGUUUUAGCAGCAUUAGUGCCAAAUUUGGGUGUUGUAAUUUCAUUGGUUGGUGCAUUAAGCAGUUCAACGUUAGCAUUAAUAUUCCCACCAUUAAUCGAAAUAAUAACAUUUUGGCCAGAUAUGGGCAAAUAUAAAUGGAUAUUAUGGAAGGAUAUUUUAAUUAUGUUAUUUGGUAUAGCUGGUUUCAUUUUUGGUACAUACGCCAGUGUUGCAAAUAUCAUUAAUCCAGAAUUUAAAUGAAUUUUUCGUAUUUUAUUUAUUUUGGAAUAAUUUCCACGAAGAAUUAUUUAUAUAACCAUACAUCUAUCCUCCCAAAAUGGAAGAUGAAUCGAUAUCAUUCGUUCGUAUUCGUUUAUAUUAGUAAAUGUUUGUUGUAAUAUGUUUCUAAUUAUUAUGCUUACUUAAUGAGCGAAUUUUAUUGGUACAAAAAUUGAAUUAUAAUCAAUCGAAUGAUAGAUUCGACUAUCUAUAUGCAUUCAGUGUGAUUGAGACAUGCUGUGAAAAGCCAUGUUUAAAUGGUUUUUUGUGUUUGCAGAAUCGAAACUACCUUAAAAUAUUUAUGAUCUUUACUUUUUCUAAAAAUUUUCAAUAUGAAAUUGAAUGCAUAUAGUUUCAGUCUUGUACACUUAAUGACUAUGACCAGCUGGUCCAAAAGGACUAAGCAAAUCCUGUCAAAAAUAUAUAUCGAUUUAUCAAUAGAUUUUCUGGAAUUCUUAGAUAUUAGAAAGUAAAAUAACUGAUGUGACAAAAAAUAAUAUAUGACGUAACUGUAUUUUAAAUUUUAAGCACUCUUGCGUAUUAGGAAAAAACAUAACAGGUUGACGGUUGGUGACUAGUUGUGAUUGAUGACUCUAGAUAGCCGCAAAAAAAUGAUAUAUCCUAGCGGAAAACAAAAUAUGCCUGGUUGUUUCGUUGAAAGCGUGGAAAAUUAUGUCAAUAUUCAUAUUAUUUUGUUCUGAUUUUGUUUCCGUGCAUUCGUACGUUUUCUAGUAGUUGUGGCAACUAUGGAUUCUUUUCUGCCUAGUGUGCGAUUUCUAAUUAUCUGUCAUAUGAUAUGUCGAACACACGGAACAAUAAUCCAUAUUAAAUGAACAGCCAUAUCCUAUAUUCGAUAAAAUAGUAUUAAUAUGCGUUCUGACGUACUAACGUCAGAGUUACCUUAUUAAAAAUGUAUUGAUUUGGUUAUCUUCGCAACCCAACAAGCUACACCCAUACACUGUCAAUAUGUGGUGUUUCUAAUGUUAAAUAUUUUAUCUCUUUUUGUCAAGUGGUCAAAGUGGUCAUAUGAAUGGUCUAAGCAUCAGACAGGCAAUUCUUUAAAUGUUAUAUUUAACGCUAUGGCUGAAUAUCGUUCGGGCUGCCAAAUUGAACGGGGCUGUUUACUUAAAAGGCUGAUAACUAGAUUAGACUGUUAACUGAAUGGCUAUAAAUUUAGUCGGCUGCGACAUAAAUA